GUCCUGUUUUUAAUCACGAUUCUAUCAUCGACCGUUUGAACAAGUGACGGGUCGAUCCUCAGGAGACACGGAGACACCGGAAGCGCUCAGCUGUCCACCGUGUGCACGCGCCUCCCUUCAUCAAUUAGCAUGAAUCGAUUGUCGCUGGCCCCGCCCCCUCGCCGAGCCGUAGCCCCGCCCCCUCACCGAGCCGGAGGAGGCUCGUGAGCUUCGUGACCGAGCGGCGGCUCCGGGCGGAUCCUCGCGUCUGUUCGUGACCGCGCGGCGGGACGAUGCAGCGUCGCGGUGAUGUAACCGGCAGCUCGUCGACAUGAGCGACGCGCAGCAAGAAAUGUCUCCGGACUUCGUCCUGAUGCGGCUCGUGUCCGCGGCCGAGUUCGACGAGCUGCGGGCCGGAGGCGGGUUCGGGCCCGUGAAGACCGGACUCCACGACCGGGCCCCCCGAGGCCCCUCGCCAGGCCUCGGCUCCGCGUCCCCGCACUACAGUUCGCCGCUGCCCGGUAAAGGCGACCUGGCCGGCGGGCUGGUUCUGACCGAGGCGCCGCUGUCUCCUCCGCCGCCCGACGACUUCUCCGUAGCGGCCCAGAGGUUCGUGGACUUCCCGGUGCCGCACGGACGCGGCUCGCAGCUGAUGGUGCUUCAGAACCUUCUGAGGACCGGAGACCGGAUCCUGGAGCAGCGGCCCCCGGGGCUUCUGCAGGAGGAGGCAGAGAAACAGGGACAGCAGCUGGAUCCUGGAUCAGGCACCUGUCCCAGGACAACAGCUGGUCCUGGGCCCGUAGGCGGGAAGGGCCAGGUCUCUCACUGCAUCACCCCAGUCCUCAGACUGUCCAAAGGGUCUGACGGGUCCCAGACUCCUCAGCAAGGCGUCCCGCCUCUGGACCCUGAGCCCGGGUCAGUCCUGUGCCAGCGACACCGCCUGCUGACGGACAGACUCGCCAAAUGGCCCCCGGGCCUGCUGGAUCAGGCCUUGCGUCUGGGCCUGCUGGAGCCCAGGAAGAACUGCUUUGCCGGGGGAGAGGACCCGGUCCUGUCUCUGGCCUGGAGGCUGGGUCAGCUGGGUGAGGGUAGGCAGGGCGGGGGAGAGGACACGGGGCUUCCUCCCCCUCAGUGCUCCUGUCACAGUGUCCUGGCCUCGGGGACGGGGGGCCUGGGCCCCGGCGAGGACCCGGGUGAUACCAGCGACGCGCUGUUGGUCCUGGAAGGUCUGGGGUCUGAAGAGGUGGGACGGCUGGGUGAGGGGGGGGGCGGGGAUGAAGGGGAUGCUGAGAAAGGGGAGCGGCUGGGGGGACUUGGUGGUGGGGGGACGUCUGGGGGGACCGGGCCUGUGUUCUCCAGCGGGACUCUGAGCGGUCUGAUGCGGCAGGUCCACCGACUGGCGGAGGAGGCGGGGGUGUGUACUGAUCAGAACUGCCGCUCGUCGCUGGCUGUCCUGGGUGCUGCAGUGUCCCUCCCCCCCUGCGUAGACCCCUGCCCCCCCAUCAGCACUAAUACCCCCUGUCUCCACCGUCCGCUGCAUCAGCACCAGUCCCGCUCCCAGCCCCAGAGCCGUGCCACCACCCCUAAACUGGGCGUGGCCUCAGGGGGAGUGGGGCGGUCCACCUCCCCCUUAGUGGUCCUGGAAGGGGAGGGGGGAAGGACGCCGCGGGGGAAGUCUCGGAAAGGGGGGUCCCUGAAGGUCCGGCUCAGCAAGCUGUUCAGAACCAAGAGCUCCAGUGGGGGGUCGGGGGGGCUGCUGGACAAGAGGCCAUCCCUGGCCUCGUCUACUUCGUCUGGGGGGAGUCUGUUGGACGUGUGGGGGUCGACCUGCAGCACCAUGGAGCAGGACAGGCUGCAGGUGUCCAGACCUCAGAGUGCCUUCUCUCCAGUGCCCCUCACUCCUGCUUUCACUGGUGAGACAGUGUCUCUGGUGGAUGUGGACAUUUCUCGCAGGGGGGGGGACUGUCUUCACCCCCCGACUCCCCCACCCCCUCCCAGACGGAGCCUCAGUCUGCUCGAUGAUUUCGUCGGGCCUCCUCAGCAUCAGGGGCCGUUCACCGUUUGCAAUGUGGGGGCUUCGCUGCAGUCUCUUCCCCCCCGACCACUCGUCCUGCCCCCCUCCCUCAGCACCAUCCAGCACAGCCUGAGCCUCAACGAGGCCUUCCUGAGAGGUUUACCGAGGCCGGUCCCUCUGCGUCCCGACGGUCUUCCCCAUCCGCCCCGACUCACCCCCCGCUGCCCCCUCAGUCGGCCUGACGCCAGCAGCUUCGCCACCAGCCUCAGAGAACUUGAGAAGUGUGGCUGGUACUGGGGCCCGAUGAACUGGGAGGACGCAGAGAUGAAGCUGAAGGGGAAACCAGACGGAUCGUUCCUGGUUCGAGACAGUUCAGAUCCUCGAUACAUCCUGAGUCUGAGCUUCAGGUCACAAGGAGUCACACACCACACACGCAUGGAGCACUACAGAGGAACCUUCAGUCUGUGGUGUCAUCCUAAGUUUGAGGAUCGUUGUCACUCAGUGGUCGAGUUCAUAGAAAGAGCCAUCAUGCACUCCAAGAACGGAAAGUUCCUCUACUUCCUGCGCUCCAGAGUCCCCGGUCUACCCCCCACCCCCGUCCAGCUCCUGUACCCGGUCUCCAGGUUCAGCAGCAUUAAAUCUCUUCAGCAUCUCUGUCGCUUCUGCAUCAGACAGCUGGUUCGCAUAGACCACAUCCAGGAGCUGCCUCUUCCCAAGCCUCUCAUCUUCUACCUGAGGAAGUUUUAUUACUACGACCCAGAGGAGGAGAUCAGUCCGACCCUGACGGACGGGGGUCGGGGGCGGAGCCGCCAGCCGGGGGUGGAGUCCCAGACGUAGCACCGGAGCCUGAGCGACGACGUGAGUCUCACGUGUUAAACUUUAAAACUAACUCGCAACUUAAACGUGAGGAAAUGAUUUCUUGGUCGUGACGACGUCGUGCCCGUCACGGUUCUGUAUCAGGGUCCCGUGACCUGGACCAUGUUUGAGUCUCUGAACCGUCGUCAGACUCCACAAACCAAAAGAGACAAUCAUUAUUCUGUCAAACGUCUUGAGACUCGGUGCGACCUGAAUGCAGCACACAGACGAGACUGUAAAGUCCUGAUCCAGUGAAGUAAUCGUCUCUUCUCUCAAUUCCCUCCAGUUCUUUUCUUUUCUUUGUGUUUUUCUUUGUGUUCUGUCGACGCCCGGUCGGCCCGCUGACGGACCGCCGGACCCCACGGCGGUCAAUCGGCUGCCUCCGCUCGGUGCGGGCGAGUUUCAGAUGAUCCACCCUCCUGCGGGCUCUCUGAUUGGCUCAUAGGCAACAGAUUGGGGAGGGACAGGGGAUGUGGAGACUCCGCCUCUCUUCUGAUGUCAUCACUGGGCAGCUGGACUCAAGAAACGUCACCGUGAGCGAUGACGCUAUAAUCUGUCAAAUGCAGAGCCUCAGAGAAACAGAUUUCCUGUCGCCGGGCAGAACAGACCAGGAGCCGAACGCUCCGAGACUCUGAGGACGAUGACACAUCAGAAACAAGCCAUUAUUAUUAUUAUUAUUAUUAUUAUUAAUAAAACAGGUCAGAGGUCAAAGAUCUUCCUCACGUUCUCUACCUUCAUGUCAAAGUGACAUCAGAGCCUCAGAACGACCAUGGACGCUGACCGAGAGCCGGCACUCCUCCGACGUCGGGUGAAGAAAAGUGAUAUUAUUAUUAUUAUUAUUGUUACUAUUAUUAUAACUAUAACUAUUGCUGUUAUUACUACUAUUAUUAUUACUACUACUAUUACUAUUAUUAUUAUUAUUAUUAUAACCUCCGGCACUUUGAGUUGGUGAUGUUCCAGAGUAACGCAGAGAAAGUUCUGGACCCGUGAACACAAAUGUCUGCAGCUCAGAGGGUUCGUACCUGGACGUCAAAAUCUAAACUAAAGUUCUGCUGCUCGAUCGGACAAGUCCAAGAAAAAUAACUGAUGAGAAGCAAAGUGAUCAGGGGGCGGGGCUUAUGACGUGUAGUCUGUCAGUGAUGGUCUUUAUGAACUGAGAUCCAACAUCAGAGCAGCUUCACCUGAUGAUUAAAACUAUCAUUGUUUCUUCAGUUUGUAGUUUUCUCAUCAGAGACGUUUCAAUCACAGUUUCAUGUCGAUUCAAUGAGAUCAUCAAUAUUCCCAAAAAGAAAAAAUCUGUGAAACAACCCUCUGCCAGGCCGCGCCCCCCUGUGGCCAACUAGUGCA